UUCCGCGACAUAAAGACUCCUGUCUGGGGCGUAAUUUUUUUAAGGGAAUGGCGCUGCCCCGAGGGUGGGAAAUGGACCCAUUUUCUUGAAGAGCGGCGCGUUCCUGAGGCGCCCGUUUCUGGGCCUCAGCUCGGCUUCCAGAGGAGACGAAAGCAGCAGCUCGUCUCCCCGCCUCUUUCCCCCUCGUUCCUCUCCAAAACUUCUGCCAUUGGCCCCUGUGGAGGUUAAUCUCCCCACCAGUCCACCCCACAAGCCAAAGAGCAGGCAAGCCGUUUCGCUGGGCGAAAGAGCCCCAUUUCCCUGCAGUUCUGAGGGACGAGUUGCUCCCUCGUGCGAGAGAGCCUCCAGGUUUUCCAUUCGCGGGGCUUCCUCCUCCCGCUGAAAGCGUGCGGCUCUCCCUCCGGGCUCGACGAGGAGGCAGCUCGGCGGCUGCGCCGGUUGCGACUGCAGAUUCCUCCACGGGGUGGUCAUUAGACGACGAGAGAAGGAAGGGCUGAGAGCGAGCAGCUCUCCUUGCCGCCCUCCCGCGAGGAGAAAGCGCGCCGGGAAAACUUUGGAACAGCGCGCGCACCUCCCCCCCCCCCAAGCGAACUUGCCGAGAUGAACCAGACGGCCGGAGUCUCCAACAGCGUCCGCUGCCCCAGCGGCAAAGGAGCCAAGGAGCUGGUGGGGAGCAACCCUCCACAAAGGAACUGGAAAGGAAUUGCAAUUGCCUUACUUGUUAUUCUGGUUAUCUGCUCCUUGAUUGUCACUUCAGUUAUCUUGCUGACACCAGUCGAAGAUAAUAGCCAGUCUCAAAAGAAGAAGAUUACAGUGGAAGAUCUGUUCAGCGAAGAUUUCAAAAUUCAUGACCCAGAGGCUAAAUGGAUAAGUGAUACAGAAUUCAUUUAUAGAAACCGGAACGGCUCCGUGAUACUGCACAAUGUUGAAACAAACAACUCAACGGUGUUAAUAGACAACAAAAUAAUUGUGUCCAUAAAAGCUAUUCGAUAUGAAGUUUCACCAGACAAAAAAUACGGACUUUUUGCCUAUGAAAUUGUACCGACGUAUCAGCAUUCGUAUACAGCUUUUUAUGUCCUCCGAAAACUGCCCGAUGGGGAACCUCAAAAUUUGUAUCCUCCCGAAGUUAGCAAUACAAAGCUUCAAUAUGCAGGGUGGGGACCCAAAGGCCAACAGCUGAUAUUUAUCUUUGAGAACAACAUCUACUACUGUGCCCAUGUGGGGAAGCAAGCCAUCCGCGUGGUCUCCACUGGGAAAGACAAGGUUAUUUUCAAUGGACUCAGCGACUGGCUGUAUGAAGAGGAGAUCCUGAAGACCCAUAUUGCACACUGGUGGUCCCCCGAUGGCACGAGAUUAGCCUAUGCAACUAUCAAUGACUCCAGAGUCCCCAUUAUGGAAAUACCUAUGUUCACAGGCAGCCUCUACCCUAAAGUGGAAACCUAUCAUUACCCAAAGGUUGGAACAGAAAAUCCGAGCAUUUCCUUACAUGUCAUUGGUUUGAAUGGGCCCACUCAUGAUUUGGAAAUGACUCCUCCUGAUGAUCCAAGAAUGAGGGAGUACUAUAUAACCAUGGUGAAGUGGGCAACCAGUACCAAAGUUGCAGUAAAUUGGCUGAACAGGGCACAGAAUGUUUCUAUCCUAACUCUCUGUGAUGCAACAACUGGAGUCUGCACAAAGAAACAUGAAGAUGAGAGCGUAGCCUGGCUGCACAGACAGAAUGAAGAGCCCGUCUUCUCCAGAGAUGGCAGGAGGUUCUUCUUUGUCCGAGCCAUCCCUCAGGGAGGGAGAGGCGAGUUUUACCACAUUGCCAUGUCUUCAUCGCAGCCCAACAGCAGCAACGAUAAUUUACAGUCAAUCACAUCGGGUGACUGGGAUGUGACCAGGAUUUUGGGAUAUGAGGAAAGGCACCAUAAAAUCUAUUUCCUCAGCACAGAAGAGUUACCAAGGACACGACAUUUAUACAGUGCCAGCACUAACGGGAACUUCAACAGGCAGUGCCUCUCUUGUGACCUGAUAAACAACUGCACAUACUUCAGUGCAUCCUUCAGCCACAACAUGGCCUAUUUCAUCCUGACUUGCGAAGGUCCAAGAGUUCCAGUGGUAACAGUCCACAAUACUUCAGAUGCACAAAAACUCUUUGACCUAGAGGUAAAUGAAAAGGUGCAGAAGGCAGUAGCAGAAAGACAGAUGCCCAAAGUGGAAUACACAGAAAUCAAGAUUCAUGAUUACAAAUUGCCGAUGCAGAUUUCAAAGCCGGCCGUCUUCACCGAAAACAUGCACUACCCCUUGCUUCUUGUUGUCGACGGGACUCCAGGCACACAGAGCGUGACGGAAAAGUUUGAGGUGAACUGGGAAAGCGUUAUGGUCAGCUCGCAUGGCGCCAUUGUGAUGAAGUUUGAUGGGCGUGGAAGUGGUUUCCAAGGGACCAAGCUGCUCCACGACGUGAAGAGGCGGUUGGGUGUUUUCGAGGAAAAGGACCAGACGGAAGCUGUCUGCACAAUGCUGCAAAACACAUAUAUCGAUAAGUCGAGGGUCGGUGUGUUUGGAAAGGAUUAUGGAGGCUAUUUGAGCUCUUAUAUCCUCCUUUCUGGAGAAGAGAAUAAGGACCCCGUCUUCUCCUGUGGCGCUGCUCUUUCCCCACUGACAGACUUCAGAUUAUAUGCUUCGGCCUUUUCAGAAAGAUACUUGGGAUUACAAGGGAUUGACAAUAAAGCAUAUGAGACUACUAAACUGGCACAUAAAGCGAUGUCCAUGAAAGAUCAGAAGUUUUUGAUCAUUCAUGCAACUGCUGAUGAGAAAAUCCACUUCCAGCACACCGCUGACCUCAUCACACACCUAAUUAGGGCAAAGGCUAAUUACAGCUUGCAGAUAUACCCCGAUGAAGGUCAUUACUUCAACAACCCAGCCCUGGAGCAGCACCUGUACAAGUCUGUGGUCAAUUUCUUCGCAGAGUGUUUCAUACCCCAGGACAAACCCCCCGUAGUUUCAACGAAAGAGGAAGAGGAUGAGGAUUAACCCUUCAGGCUUGUGCUCAUGAGCACAAGGCAGUUUAUAAUAAAUAAUAAUAAUAAUAAUAUGCAACUGAAUCUCUCUGUUUCCCCCCCGGAGAAAGAAGCAUUACAUGAGCAUGUAUUUAACAAAAACUGAAAAGGAGAAGCAGCCCGCCUGCUUGUUGUACUAGAUCAUGACGCUUUCCUGAACGGGAGAACAUUUAAGCAUGAGGAACUCAGCAGAAACUGCUGUUCAAAAUGAGGAAAAGAAAAGAAAGAAUCUUCUCUUCUCUUGCCACAAAGUGACUUCUGGAGUAAGAUGCUCAAAUCAGGAAACUGGACUUAGAAGGAGAUUCCCCCAAGAUGACUAUUAAACAAACCCCUUUGCAUUGGAAGUAUUCAAGCGGUAGGAAUGAAAAACUCACCAUCCGUCUGUGUUAGGGUUCCCUUAGUUAGCGCCUCAUUGUCUCAGAUAAGACUACCAACCAUGGAAUAAAGAUUAUAGCACAAUUAUUUUUCCAAGGUACCAAUUUAUGUGUUGUUUGCCCAUUGUCCUCUGCAUUUCGGGGAAUUGAUCGUUGCUACAGAACUGCUCCUCUGAGCAGAGGUUUCCUUUGUAGCAAGCCCUGCUGUAGUCACACUAACUUUUAAUUAAAGUUCAUGCACUGUAUAGGUCUUUCUGUAUAUAGCAUUUAUCUGCCACUUCCUUUUCCUUUGACCUUGUACUAAUCCUUUAGCUCCGCAAUGUAUUCUGGGUAAGGGGAGAAAUUGCUUAAAUACAGUAGACUACAUGGUGUAGGGUCCCCUUUCUUCCUAAAACAUGCAGGAGCACGUCCUGGAGAUUUCUUUAAUGCACUGAUUACAACUUAGCUUUAUGGGUCUUGUUAACAUGAAACAGGCUUUUAAGUAAUCUGUCCAACAACCUGAAGUCGUAAUGGGGCAGGGGGGGCAAUGAAAUUUGCCUGACAGCUGUCACGCGACAUAGUUUAAAGGCCUACCAAUGCAAGGUCAAUAACUGCAGCUGUCAUGCAAAACAGCAAGCUUCUGGUCCUCAUUGUUGUGGAGAAUGGGCGGAGCAAAUGUGGGGCAUCCCUUUGGGACCUAGAGCAGGGGUCAGCAAGGUUUACCUUGCCUGGGCCAGUUCACUCCAGCAGAGAUCCCUUUGUGGGCUGGAUCGGGCGUGGGCCCACAAUUUUCAGCGUCUGUGCAGAUGCAAUUUUCGGCACCGCGAAAGCAAGCCCCCACACAACGCUGGUUUAGUGCAGUGUGUGGGGACUUGCCGAGUGGGCGGCUUGGUUUGGGGGCGGCUCGGGGGCAAGUUAAACGACCCCCAGUUGCCAACCCCUGACCUAAAAGGUCAGAUCUUGACAAUGUUUAGAGGCUAAGAUUUCCUGCAGCUGCCUGGCUAGAUCAAAGCAUAGGUUGCCUACUCAGUUGUGCGGCAAUUUCUUCUCUCCUAACUCUUCCACAGCUCCAACCUGUGUAAUCGUCCUAAAUCUGCAGAUAUUACCAUCACAAUAACGUAUGCAUUUUAAUCAGUGCUAACAAAAGUGCUUCUUUUUUUCCCUUUAUUCUUUUGUCUUAUCUCUUGUGAUGAUGAAACCUAGGUUUUGAGAUUGCAAGUUUGCAUUUCUGUUUUCCUCAUUGGCUUCUAAACACAACCCUCUUCCUCUCUACAGAUCCCUCCUAUUCCCACGCCCCCAACCCUGCUCACUAGAGUCCUGGGAGAGACAAAAAUAUUUCAAACCAUUUUGAACCCCCUCACACCUUUUCUUCUUCCUUUGUCUGUUUUGGCUAAUGUAAAUUAUUCUGACCAAAUGUACAGCUAGUAUGAAUACUGUAUAGUUCAUUUUGUUGUAUAUAACAGGAAUGUAAGUCUUUGAUUUGUCGAGUCUCCCUCCCUGUGGCCCUGCUGCAAUCCAGUAUUAUUACGUCUUGUGUUCAGCAUGCAUGCAAUAACACUUGUUUGCUUAUUAAGACCCCUUAGAGGUAUUCAUUCGAACUAUAGCAAUUGUGUGAUCCUUUAUUAUUAUUAUUAUUAUUAUUAUUAUUAUUAUUAUUAUUGUUUGGACAGCUUGAAUGUCAAUGCCAAUUUCUACAUUUUUACAUUGUGGCUGUUGGUAAAAUGCCCAUCCCAGACAGCAGUGCGAUGCAGAUCACUUUCGCAGCGUUCCUCGUUUUUCCUCUGUUUCCUUUUAGGUUCAGUCUGUUGGCUGUUGGUAGUAAUUAGAUCAUCAUGGGAGAUAAUUCCAGUGGGGAGUGAGGACAUUUCUCUUUCCUUCCUUCCUUCCUUCCUUCCUUCCUUUCUCUCUCUCAUAAUUUAUCGUUCAUCAGAAUUCACAUGAACAGGGAUUGCAGAAUAAUGCUGCUUCCUCCGGCCAAAUUCCAAAUAGACCACGUGAAUGCUACAGAUGUCCAGGUUUCAAUAAUCUUUUUGUGGCUGGUAUGCCUGAACUGAAUUUGAACAGAGGAGCUCACUGACUGCUCUGUUCGUAACCUUUUGUAGAGGGAAAGCCCAGGUGUGCCAUAGUAGUGUUUGUUCAUCCAUAAAAUAAAGCAUUAUUU